AUGGAUCUUCUUGCCGAACUCGAGCACCUAGCCAUCCAGGCUGAAAUCGAGAUCGAGAACGAGGACAACACACUCGAAACUAAUCUGAUCAAUAACCACAGACCAACUACCCAGAUCAAGCCACAGAAACGUGACUAUACAACGACAUAUCUCGUUAAACUCGAAGGGCCACUAUCCAGCCCUUCACAUAUACAAGAUAUCGCAGGACUACUAGAACUACCGCUUCAAACAACAGGUGAAGGAGAAUUUGGCAAUGCCUCAUUCUGUCUUAUCAAGGGCACCAUAAGACCGGAGAUACUCUCAGCAUUGUCCAACACUACACAUACACCAACCUUCAUUCGAGUCAAUAUGGCAGAGAAGCACCUCUCCAAGUACAGCAUGAUUGAUCCAACCCUUCCUUAUCAUCGAGCUCAAAGUAUGGAUCAAUUAUUCCUGCCUACUCAGAACCAGUAUCCAGUUUGGUACUUCUUUUAUGGGACACUCGCCGACCCCGAGAUCCUUGCACGGCAAAUAUCUCUCCCUAGGCUACCUGUUCUUCGAAGGGCCAUGGUCAAGGGUGGUAUAAUUAAAAUGUGGGGUGGAAAAUAUAAAGCUCUUAUAGAUGGGCCCUCGUCCUCUAUUGUUCAUGGAUGGGCAUACGAAGUCGGCUGUGAGGAGGAAGAACAGCUCCGGUACUAUGAUUAA